CUUUCUUCCCAUCACCUCCCUUGUUUUUCCUCUGUCAAUCCUUUAUACACUUCCUAUACACAUCUGCUAUUCCUAGUCACAUUUUCACGCUCUUUCUACCGAAUAAUCAUGCUCAACCUAGUAGCUUUCUCUCUUCUCUCACUGGUCGCCAAAGCGGCACCUUGUGUCUUGUUCGAUACCUCCAAAAACCUUUAUGUGUUUGGUGGGAGUCAGGAUGUGAACCUGGGGACCAGUUCUUCCUUUGGCUCACCAAGCCCCAAAACACUCAGCUCGACGGGUAGACCAUCUUGGACGGGGAACACGACUCAAUGUUUUAUCAAUCAAUACAACAACAUCAUGUAUGUUCUCGGGGCUGAUGCGGACAUAUCUACCGUAUAUGUAUACAACUUCGCAACAGACGUUUGGUCCACCCAGACCACCUCGAGCCCUCCUCCCAAUCUGGGAUCCAGAUCGGCUAGUACGCUCGACCAUGAUACCUUGGUGAUCUUCACUUUACCGACCGGGGGUAGUCAGAGUCUAUACUCUCUCGAUCUUAGUUCUGUCACUACUGCCGCCUCGGGCAGCCCGUUGGCUUGGGAGGCUGUCGAGGCACCUAGUUUUUCUACGGACGGAUAUACGCCCACUAUAUCUGAAGCCAGUAACCAUAUUUUGUUUUUCGGUGCACCUGGCACCACGGCCGGCUCCGCUGAUUUAUUUGUCAUACACUACUCCUAUUUCCAGCCCAGCGCCCAGGCAUUUGCCGGAUCCAACGGGGCCUCCUCGUUCCCAGACACCUCCGGUCAAGCCUUCAACAUUCCUAAUGGCGAUAACGCUCAAGACCAAGUCGUGUUCGUCCCCGAUGAUUUCUCAUCUACAUAUGUCGUGACCCAUUGGACCAACCCUGGGGACUUUUCCUCCACCUCCGGAGUCCCCUUCGCGACCUCUCUCAUCAACUCCACUCAAACCCUUCCCGCUCCUACUUCUCAAGACAAAUCGGCCGCGUAUGCCUCGGACGGCAGUGCCUUGGUGCAGAUCGAUUCCAACGGAGACAUUUACUACAUGACGGGAGCUAUCAACUCGGAUUACACCGUAGCAUCCUCUGCCACAUGGACUAAAAUGAGUUAUUCUCAAUCUGGAGUUUCUGGAUCUUCUUCGAAUUCCACCUCCACUGCGUCUUCCUCUGCCAGUGCAUCGGGUAGCGGGGGUGCGUCUGCCUCUGCCAGCAAAACUUCGAGCGUCAGCGGGAGCCGCACAAGCUCGAGUGCAUCGUCCACUGCCAGCUCGACCUCCGGGGGUGCCAGCAGAGUGGGAGCGGUAGAUGUAGCUUUGGUGCUCGUCGGCCUGGGUGCGUUCGGAGCGGCAUUGUUGUGAAGAAAAACGAAACAAUGGACGAUGUUGAAAGUGUAUAUCUGAAUCCACACGAGGGUGUUCUCCCUCAAAUCAUUAGUUGCUAUGUAUGCUUGACAUGCUUG